UUGGCGAGGGGCGCUGCUCCCGCCGAGGAGGAGGCGGCAGCGGGGCGCGGGCGCGCCGCUCAGGUGUCCGCUCCGCCUUCCGGCCUGGAUUUAGCUCCGUGAGUUCGGCGAGAAGGGGACCGCCGACACCUUGCCCUGCUGCCGGCCCGAGUGCGACGCGGACUUCCACCGGAGGCGGGGCCCGUCACCCCGGCGGCGGACCGACGGACCAACGCCGGGGACAGAGGGCGGCGGCCUCGGCGGAGGCGGGCCCCGAACCCCGGCGGCAGCCGCGCGGCCUUGGGGGCGAGCAUGAGCCCCGGGACGCCGAAAAGGGGCCGCUGGGGCUGACCCGGCGCGGAGCGGCCUGGCCCAGCCAUCUUGACUGCGCACCGCGGCCCGAGAGGAAACUUGCUGCGCUGCCGCCCUCGGUGCCCGGCAAAGUCACCGGCGCGCGCGGAGAAGGCGAGCGAGAGAGGGACGAUGAGCCGGGGGCCGGCCACUCUGCCCCGCCAGGGCUGAGCCCGGCCGGAGUGAGCGGGGCAGACGCGGGGACCGGGGUGCCCUCCGGCAGCCUCCCUCAGCUCUCGCAGCGCCUUGAGGACGCGUCCCGAGAAGGGACUAGGCUGUCGGCAGAGCCCCUCCCGGGAGAGGCGGGAGAGAGCCCGGCAGGGCGCCCGCUCUCUCCUCCUCCGGUGCUCUCGCAGGACCCCCCGGCGCCCGGAGGGCGAAGGCGCGGGGCCGAGGCGCGCAGCAUGGAGUGGGGUUACCUGUUGGAAGUGACCUCGUUGCUGGCCGCCCUGGCGCUGCUGCAGCGCUCCAGCGGCGCGGCGGCCGCCUCGGCCAAGGAGCUGGCGUGCCAGGAGAUCACCGUGCCGCUGUGCAAGGGCAUCGGCUACAACUACACCUACAUGCCCAACCAGUUCAACCACGACACGCAGGACGAGGCGGGCCUGGAGGUGCACCAAUUCUGGCCGCUGGUGGAGAUCCAGUGCUCGCCCGACCUCAAGUUCUUCCUGUGCAGCAUGUACACGCCCAUCUGCCUGGAGGACUACAAGAAGCCCCUGCCUCCCUGCCGCUCUGUGUGCGAGCGCGCCAAGGCCGGCUGCGCGCCCCUCAUGCGCCAGUACGGCUUCGCCUGGCCCGACCGCAUGCGCUGCGACCGGCUGCCCGAGCAGGGCAACCCCGACACCCUGUGCAUGGACUACAACCGCACCGACCUCACCACGGCCGCGCCCAGCCCGCCGCGCCGCCCGCCGCCGCCGCCGCCGCCCGGAGAGCAGCCGCCCUCCGGCAGCGGCCACGGCCGCCCGCCCGGGGCCCGGCCCCCGUCCCGCGGCAGGGGCGGCGGCGGGGACGCGGCUGCGCCCCCCGCGCGCGGCGGCGGUGGCGGUGGCGGCGGCGGGAAGGCGCGGCCCCCUGGCGGCGGCGCGGCGCCCUGCGAGCCGGGCUGCCAGUGCCGCGCGCCCAUGGUGAGCGUGUCCAGCGAGCGGCACCCUCUCUAUAACCGCGUCAAGACCGGCCAGAUCGCCAACUGCGCGCUGCCCUGCCACAACCCGUUCUUCAGCCAGGACGAGCGCGCCUUCACCGUCUUCUGGAUAGGUCUGUGGUCGGUGCUCUGCUUCGUGUCCACCUUCGCCACCGUCUCCACCUUCCUCAUCGACAUGGAGCGCUUCAAGUACCCGGAGCGGCCCAUCAUCUUCCUCUCGGCCUGCUACCUCUUCGUGUCCGUCGGCUACCUGGUGCGCCUGGUGGCGGGGCACGAGAAGGUGGCGUGUAGCGGCGGCGCCGGGGCUGCUGGCGGGCCGGGGGGCGCGGGGAGCGCGGCAGCUAGCGCGGGUGCGGCGGGCGCGGGCGCGGGCGGCCCGGGCGGGCGCGGCGAGUACGAGGAGCUGGGCGCAGUGGAGCAGCACGUGCGCUACGAGACCACGGGCCCGGCGCUGUGCACCGUCGUCUUCCUGCUCGUCUACUUCUUCGGCAUGGCCAGCUCCAUCUGGUGGGUGAUCCUGUCGCUCACGUGGUUCCUGGCGGCGGGCAUGAAAUGGGGCAACGAGGCCAUCGCCGGCUACUCGCAGUACUUCCACCUGGCCGCGUGGCUCGUGCCCAGCGUCAAGUCUAUCGCCGUGCUGGCGCUCAGCUCGGUGGACGGCGACCCGGUGGCGGGCAUCUGCUACGUGGGCAACCAAAGCCUGGACAACCUGCGCGGCUUCGUGCUGGCGCCGCUGGUCAUCUACCUCUUCAUCGGCACCAUGUUCCUGCUGGCCGGCUUCGUGUCGCUCUUCCGCAUCCGCUCGGUCAUCAAGCAGCAGGGCGGCCCCACCAAGACACACAAGCUGGAGAAGCUCAUGAUCCGCCUGGGCCUCUUCACCGUGCUCUACACCGUGCCCGCCGCCGUCGUGGUCGCCUGCCUCUUCUACGAGCAGCACAACCGCCCGCGCUGGGAGGCCACGCACAACUGCCCGUGCCUGCGGGACCUGCAGCCGGACCAGGCGCGCCGGCCCGACUACGCCGUCUUCAUGCUCAAGUACUUCAUGUGCCUGGUGGUGGGCAUCACCUCGGGCGUGUGGGUCUGGUCCGGCAAGACGCUCGAGUCGUGGCGCGCGCUGUGCACCCGCUGCUGCUGGGCCAGCAAGGGCGCGGGCGCGGCGGGCGCGGGCGCGGCGAGCGGCGGCCCGGGGGGCGGGGGCCCGGGGGCCGGCGGGGGCGGGGGGCCGGGCGGCGGGGCGGGCUCCCUGUACAGCGACGUCAGCACCGGCCUGACGUGGCGAUCUGGCACGGCCAGCUCCGUGUCUUAUCCAAAGCAGAUGCCAUUGUCCCAGGUCUGAGCGGAGGAGAGGGGGCGCCCAGGAAGGAGGGGGGGGCGAGGAGACCGGGUGAUGCGGGGGGACACUCGGAGGCAGAGGGUCCCACCCCUUCACCGUGUUGAUUGCUAUUAGCAUGAUAAUGAACUCUUAAUGGUAUCCAUUAGCUGGGACUCGCUUAGAACAAAGUACCUGGCAUUGAAGGCUCCCAGACCCAGCCCCCUUUCCUCCACCUACGGGCAAGGAAUUCCUCUCGCCAGGCGUUAAUUUCUGUUGGCAGAGGAGAGCGAGCUCUGCUGCUGCGUUUCCAGGACCCAAGGCUUGGAGCCCUCGCUGGUUGCCAUUUGCUGAGCUUGAAGCCAGACCUACAGAUCUCACCUGAGGGACCUAGUGUUCUCCCUCGACUCUCCUAUGUAGACUCUUACUCCUAACACGUCCUAGAGGAGGGAUGACCGAGACCUAAUGGGAUUGCACGGUUUGGGUAUUCUUAAUGACCAGGCAAAUGCCUUAAGUAAACAAACAAGAAAUGUCUUAAUUAUACACCCCAAGUAAAUACGGGUUUCUUACAUUAGAGGAUGUAUUUAUAUAAUUAUUUGUUAAAUUGUAAAAAUGUGUAAAAUAUGUACAUAUCCAAAGAUAUACAGUCUGUACAUUUUCUGUAAAAAGUUUAGAGGC